CACCACGAUGUACACGACGGAUCAGCAAAGGUGAGUGUGAAACUUUCUCUACUAUCCUUCUUAAAUCGAAGGGGCCGUAUUAUUGAUGGGUGAUUCUCUCUUUGCUGUGAGAGGAGUGUUUCACCUACCUUUGCAUAACUCGAAAGUUUAGGACACAGAAAAGGCAAAUACCAUGUAUAAUAGAUAAUUUUUAGAUCUUCUGCUUCUAAAGCAAGGUCAUAUAAAGGCAACGGAGAUAUAAAACUAAAAGGUGAUACAUGUGUAUAAGAAUGCUACUCAGAAAUCAAGAUCAAACACAGUCGAAUUUAGUUUUGCUCUCGGACAAACACGGUUGUGGAUCGAGUUUGAGAGUUAACAUGCAAAUUUCUUGGAUUAACCUUAAAUUUGAAAAUCCGCCGGUAAACUGAAGCAGGACAAAAAUGCUUAUUUUUCAUAUAAGGUUUCUCUUAUGAGCAAAGAGUGUAUAAAUUUCCGUAGACUAGUCCAAAGGUUGCAAAGCCUUCCUUGAAGGCGGCAAGUUUGCUUUAUUUUCCAAGUACCAGUUAACCUUGGCUUGAGAAACGAGGAACGGUAACCUCAAAGUACUCGAAAGUUUACCGAGCCGAUGCAAUCUCCAAAUUGAAAUUUUACAGUACUUUUCGGAGAUUCGAGAGUUCUUCACUUUAUUUCCUUUUCAUCUGGGCCGGCUAAGUGUUUAUCUUCUGACGAGCUACUACUCAUUUGAUAAUUUUCCAACAUGGCGGAACAUGGCUGUCAAACGUCGGGCAUGCGUAAGGGAGUCAAUUUGGCCUGUCGCGCGCCGAUUUCCCGCAACCAUAAUACACAACCCUUGUCACGCAAAAUGAGCCGGAAAAAUAAAACGUCCAUAGAAGGAAAUAAAAGUAGAGAAAAGGAGAGCUCAAAAUUUUUGGAACGUAAAGCCCAGUAAAUUACGUGUAUUCUGCUGAUUUUCCAUUUUCUUUAGAGGUUCAUGGAAAACAUUAGACGGUUCUAAACCACUGUAACUAAAUGACUUGUGUGUUUUUUAUAGCUCCUGGAAGACAACUUUGUUAUGCUAUGUAAUCAACAACCCACAACGCAGCUUAUCGCGCAUGCUAAAGAGUUGCAGUCACGUCACGACCAUAUUUUUUAGGCUGGAUAGGUUAACAAACAGCGCACGCUGUGAGUUCUCCUUAACUAAAAGCAUUUUAUUCUUGAUUUCCGAACAGAUACUUAAUGCACACUUGGCUUAAACGAAACACAUGAAAUUAGUCUACAGUCAUGGGAUAUUCGAUGUUCCUGUUAUUUUCUAAAUAAUUCCUUCUAAUUAUUGCUUUGUCCAGGAUGGUGCAAAGUUCAUCCAAUGAUAUUUUAAAUUUCAUCUUAUUUAAAUGUUUAUGAGGUCAUAUCUGUGAUCAGUAAGGGAUAUAUUUCGAAAAAAUAUCUGAUGGAUUCGCUAAAUGAAGGAUUAUUGAUAAUGGUUAGACAACAUCAUUGGUAAUGUUUUAGGAAAGCAUUGAGGAAAUCACUAAGCCGAUGAACGACCAGUGGUACCGCAGAAACAAUGAGCAGUUCGUGUCCCUAAACCAAGAAGGUCCUAUCUUUGGUCACUACCUGAAAAUUGACGGAAAAUCUGUUGUUACAUAUGCCCUAGAGACAGAUCCAAAAAGUAAGUAUAUAUUCCAGUUUGGCCACAUAUUCACAGCUUUAUUCGUGAAAAGAUCGAGGAACAUGGACAAGAAACAAAAUUCAAUGUAAAUCAAAUGCAGCAGUCUUCGGAUGAGGCAAAUCUAACCAUGGUCGUUACUACGAAUAAAAAUUUACCAUACAAUCUCUACAGACAUCUACAGACCGGCCUGAUAUUCACACUUUUCGCUUUCCAUAGUUUUUUAUCAAUUCAGUUUUUGCGAAUCAGCGCUUUUAAAGAAUAGUAUCAAGACCUUGCAACAACGCCUUGUCUUCACGCCUGGCAUUCUUGAGUUUCAAACUACCCCAGGAUAUGCUCUUAACAUGUAAAGAUACUAAAUCUAUGAAACAGAAAAUAUACGGCCUUUAGAUUGUUCUUAUUAGCAAAAUUCCAGUUCUUGGGAAUCAACUAGUAUAAACCAACCUGUCGCUACUUUAUAAUUUUAAACUCUGGUGUUGAGUGCGUCCUCCGUCUGAACCUAGUCCAAUCAUGUUCAUGAUUACCCCUUCCUAAAGGCGGAUCUAGGGGCGCAGUGUGCACUUCCCCCUUCCUGAGAUGACCUGUCGCUUUCUAAUGUAGCUAGAAUUUUGCAAAAUAUUGGUUUACUUCACCCAUCAGUUACUUCAUUCCUCAGUGAUACACCCUUUUUAAGAAAUAUUCUUGACCUACCUCAGCUUUUCGAUCUUUUUUUUAGUUCCUCUUCAAUAUAAACCCUCCAAUAAGACAUAAUAAUUCAUACUUUGACCAAAUAGAAGGCGCUGAUUUUGUAAAAGUGUGAGUGAUAUAAUGAAACGCUUUCGACCAGCCACAAAACAGCAAAUCCAAAUCGAUCGUUUACCGUCUUUCCAGUGAUAUCAAGUUGCGUUAUUUUUGACAGCUCAAUUAAAGAUCCAUUCAAUUUUGACCAGAAGCCAAAAUGCAGCACGAAAAUACGAGGAAAUUUGUAUUUUGGAGAGUAGCACUGGUGGAACCGCAGUGGCCGUAAACAAAAGAGAUGACACCAUCUUUGUAAAGGUAUCGUCACCAACGGGAAUCGAACGUUAAGGGAAGAAGGGGGGGGGAGGGGGGUUGGGGAAAGUUCAAGUUAAUUACUAAAUAUAACAAGUUUAAAUAUGGAUCAAGAAGAAACAAAAGAAAAAAAGAUUUCAACCUAUAUGAAUAUAUAAGCUCCAAAUCCGCUUGGUUUAGAACCUUCAAUUCCUGUUCGUAACUACCAAAAUGAUUUAGUUUUUCUUAGUUUAGGACACAUUUGGAAAUGGAAGGAGAUAAUGCUGACACAUAAGCGGCUUAAAUUGAUAAAAGAAAGCUGGCAAUUACUAACUGAAUACAAUGUAUGAAGUUAAAUGCUUCCUAAAGACUUUCUAACAAUAAUCUAACCCUAUCUGGUUUAAGAAUUAAUCCAGUGUUUUUUCUCCAUUAGACUCUGUCGACACCUUUGCGCAGUCUUAACAACUUGGAUAAAGCGAAACGUCUUUAUCCUGAAAUUCUGUUUAAAAAAGUACCCAGAGAAAUUGGGAGUGACUACUUCUAUUUUCAGUCAAACCUUAAAGAUAAGAGGCGGGUUUUGGGAUUUGAUAAAUAUGGUCUUCCAAUGAACACCGGCCAGGUGACGCCCAAUUCUGAGGAAAGUCUUUUCACUCGAGGCUAA